AAUUGUAAGCAUAUACUUCCUCGCAUCAAAGGCACUCUCAAAUAGGCGGGAAGAACCAAAACCCUACACUCCCCACUCUCCCUUGCUACCAUUUCUUUCUAACUGUCGACAAAUUCCUUGCCAUUUCUUCACUUUUGUGCUAAUCAAAUGGGAAUAAAGGGUUUAACGAAGCUGUUGGCCGACAAUGCGCCAAACUCGAUGAAAGAGCAGAAAUUUGAGAGCUAUUUUGGCCGCAAAAUCGCUAUCGAUGCCAGCAUGAGCAUAUACCAAUUCCUUAUUGUUGUUGGAAGAAGCGGCACUGAAAUGCUCACUAAUGAAGCUGGUGAUGUGACUAGUCACUUGCAAGGGAUGUUCUCUAGGACAAUCAGACUUUUGGAGGCUGGAAUUAAACCAGUCUAUGUGUUUGAUGGAAAACCACCAGACUUGAAGAAGCAAGAACUUGCAAAGCGAUACUCAAAACGAGCAGAUGCUACUGAGGACCUAAAUACCGCACAGGAGACUGGGAACAAGGAGGAUAUUGAAAAAUUCAGUAAAAGAACUGUAAAGGUCACAAAACAGCACAAUGAUGAUUGCAAGAAGCUUCUUAGACUUAUGGGAGUACCGGUGAUUGAGGCUCCUUCUGAAGCAGAGGCUCAAUGUGCCGCACUUUGUAAAGCAGACAAGGUUUAUGCUGUAGCUUCUGAGGACAUGGAUUCCCUUACUUUUGGAGCUCCGAAGUUUUUGCGCCAUUUAAUGGAUCCUAGUUCAAAAAAGAUCCCAGUGAUGGAAUUUGAAGUCUCAAAGGUUCUGGAGGAACUGAAUCUCACAAUGGACCAAUUUAUAGACUUUUGCAUUCUCUGUGGUUGUGAUUACUGUGAUAGCAUUAGAGGUAUUGGAGGAAUGACUGCUUUGAAGCUGAUUCGCCAACAUGGCUCGAUUGAGAACAUUCUGGAGAAUAUCAAUAAAGAAAGGUACCAGAUACCAGAAGAUUGGCCAUAUCAAGAAGCUCGAACGCUCUUUAAAGAACCAUCAGUGUUAACUAAUGAUGAUGAGCUUAAGUGGUCACCUCCAGAUGAACAGGGAUUGAUAAGCUUUUUGGUAAAUGAAAAUGGAUUCAACAGUGACAGAGUAACCAAGGCAAUUGAAAAAAUCAAGGCAGCCAAGAAUAAAUCGUCCCAGGGCCGGUUGGAAUCAUUCUUUAAACCGGUUACAAACACAUCGGUACCUGCUAAACGAAAGGAGACAUCUGAGAAGAAUUCUGCUAACAAAAAGACCAAGGCUGGCCCGGGUAGGAAAAAGAAAUAGUGUACAUUUGUUCUACCAGUUUAUGUACCAACUUCUACUGUGUAUGUUAAAUCUUUAAAUUAUUUUUAUACAUUAAAACAAAUUUCCCUCA